AUGUUUAUAAGGCUGAGUAAACAGAUUGACCUCCUCCAUAUCCUCAGGCUGAAGAAGCGGCGACAGGUCAAGCAGAGCCAAUCAGAGAAGGCAAUGGCUGAGCAGAACCCGUCGGAUUCGUCCUCAAAGAUGCCCAUCAUCUCCUGCCCAGACCCUACUUUUUCUGAACCCCUGGAGAGGAUGAAACCUAACCCACCUGGAGGCUCAGGUAAAACGUGCACACACACAGGAACUUUCCCUAGGCACAGAGGCACAUGACCCCCUGUUAUGAACAGAGGGUCCGAAUUAUCAUCUUAUCAAGGAAGUUGUAUAACUGACCAGAUUCUCUUCUGUUCUUAGUUUUGCCUGUUUUUUUUGGCAGCUUUUAGGACAAUGUGAUGAACAUCCUCAGCUCUCCCUUCAGAUUCCUGUGGUUGGAUGGAGGGACUGCCAGUUGGCAGGCAGAAUGCUCCAUGUUUUGCAAUGGCAUACCACAUUAUCAUGCUGACAUUAGAAGUGUUCUGCGUAUGAAGGAGUAACUAAUAUAAAAAUAAUAAUUUGUGAACAUAUUCCUGGCACAACAAGUAGCCUAAUAACUCUAAUCAAAUGUCGUUUUAAUCUAACAGUUUAUUUCUGUCAGUGUUGUUAUUGAACUAAAAUGGCAGUCUCCUUCAAUGACAGACAGGUCUUCUAUAGCUAGUCCAGGCCUUGACAACCUUUUAGCCACUUUUUUUUUUUUUUUAACACCUUCCGAAAGCUCAAGUCACUUCUCCAAAAACAGUCUAACACCAUGUUUACAUCCUUGUAUGAUGCAAGGAACCACUUUACAAUGCAUUACGAUCUUUUUUACAUAGAGAAUCAGACAAACAUGUAAGCUACACUCUUUGCAUAUUCAAGGCUGUCUCAAAAUAUAACACUGCCCCCUUAACGCUAUCCUGGAGGAUGGUUUGCCACCCUUGGUAGCCUGUAAAAUAUUGCAAUGUUACAAUUACAACCAAAUACUUUUUAUGUCUUUAUAAAAUAAUUAAAGGCGUAAAAUAUGUCGAGGACAGUUCAACAGACUCUGGGACAGUUCUGGGACUGUGACGACAGAGACAUAAUUCAUACAACUACUGCAUAUUUAAAAAAUAAUGAAAGCAAUGAGGCUGAUGCAACAGAUCAGUCCGUUUAGCUUAAAAUGUUGAUACAGGUUUAUUUAUUCAUAUUAUAAGCUCAGCAAUGCGCACAUGGCUGUAGGCUACACGCAAAUGUUCCAAAAUGCAAUUAGCAGGAAAACACCGUUCUCAAGUGCACCACAUGCGCAAGCGGUCUCGUGCGGUUUCAUGUGACAGAGAUGAAAAUAUCCUUUAGAAAUUAAGAAAGAGGGGAGAUGUAAAGAUGCAUCAACUAGCAUGGGAUACUAAUAUGACUAGGAUUGUGCCUUUGGCUGCUGGACAAUAUUAGAAAGUUGAUUUGAAAACCAAUAGAACAUGAGGGAAAUGCUGGUUUCAAUGGCAUAUGUAGUGUUGGCUGCCUGGUCAAACUGAGCAAUCGUGGGAGAAGGGCCUUGGUCAGGGAGGUGACCAAGAACCCGAUGGUCACUCUGACAGAGCUCCAGCGUUCCUCUGUGGAGACGGGAGAACCUUCCAGAAGGACAACCAUCUCUGCAGCACUCCACCGAUCAGGCCUUUAUGGUAGAGUGGCCAGACGGAAGCCACUCCUCAGUAAAAGGCACAUGACAGCCCGCUUGGAGUUUGCCAAAAGGCACCUAAAGGAGUUUCAGACCAUGAGACACAAGAUUCUCAGGUCUGAUGAAAACAAGAUUGAACUCUUUGGCCUGAAUGCCAAGCGUCACGUCUGGAGGAAACCAGGCACUGCUCAUCACCUGGCAAAUACCAUCCCUACGGUGAAGCAUGGUGGUGGAAGCAUCAUGCUGUGGGGAUGUUUUUCAGCGGCAGGGACUGGGAGACUAGUCAGGAUCAAGGGAAAGAUGAAUGGAGCAAAGUGCAGAGAGAUCCUUGAUGAUAACCUGCUCAGGACCUCAGACUGGGGAGAAGGUUCACCUUCCAACAGGACAACGACCCUAAGCACACAGCCAAGACAACGCAGGAUUGGCUUCGAGACAAGUCUCUGACUGUCCUUGAGUGGCCCAGCCAGAGCCCGGACUUGAACCCGAUGUAACAUCUCUGGAGAGACCUGAAAAUAGCUGUGCAGCGAUGUUCCCCAUCCAACCUGACAGAGCUUGAGAGGAUCUGCAGUGAAGAAUGGGAGAAACUCCCCAAAUACAGGUGUGCCAAGCUUGUAGCGUCAUACCCAAGAAGACUCGAGGCUGUAAUUGCUGCCAAAGGUGCUUCAACAAAGUACUGAGUAAAGGGUCUGAAUACUUAUGUAAAUGUGAUAUUUCAGUUCUUAAAAAAUAAAAACACUUGCAAAAAUGUUAACCUGUUUUUGCUUUGCCAUUAUGGGGUACUAUGUGUAGAUUGAUGAGGGGAAUGUAAUCCAUUUUAGGAUUUUGCUGUAACGUAACAAAAUGUGGAAAAAGUGAAGGGGUCUGAAUACUUUCUGAAUGCACUGUAUUUAUGUAAUUAAAAGUCUCAUUCAAGUUUGACUACAUUUACUGCACCUUCCUCAUGUAAUGUCAUCAUCAUCAGUUUGGACAUGAGGCUGAAUCAAAUAUGCAUAUCACCUAUAUACGUUGACAUGUAGGCUUGAUUAUUUGUUUACAUGAAAAAUAGAUUUUAAUAUUACUCCAAUGUUGGCCUCUGAUACAAUUCUGAUCAGAGUAAUUGUGUGAUUUUUUUUUUAUUGUUUUACUUUAAAUUUAUAUUUUUGUCAGACAAUUAUUUUUCUUGUCCCAUACAAGAGUUAAUGUUGAGCACUGUAGUCUGUAAAGCAUAGAGACCUUUCAUUAACCCUGUGUUGACAGUGUUAAUCUACUAGCCACAAUAGUGGGUUAGUACCAGGCCAGCUGUGUAAACUGCCGUCAGUAAGCUAAUAAAACCCUGUCAUUUUUCUCUCCGGCCCAGUGUGGGCAUCUAGACAAAGGAACCCACAUAACCCUGACAGACCACUCACUGAGGGACAGACAGAGCUCUGUCCUCUCCAGGCCUGGUUAUAAAGGUUUCAAGCUAAGGCCUUUUACAGUCUGCAGCCUUUUAAUUCAGAGGUUGUUGCGUAAUGGCUUUACAAACAUAAUGUAAUUAAAUCAGAGCCGAUAUCCCCAUAAUCCACUGACCAAGGAGUCUAUGUAGGCCUAUACUGCAUUCACUCAGAGCUACAACAGUACGCAGAAAGGAAACAAAUUGUUAUUCUAUAUUAUUACUAUUUCUCGAUCUGAUAAAGCUACCAGUCACUAUGCAGUAGUGAGUAAGUGACAGCUCUGUACCAGAGGUGAUCUCUCUGAAUGUACAGUGACCCACAGCUGGACUCCUCACAGCUGUACAAUGCUGAGUCAUCCCUCCACUGUUUCUGUAGGAGCUGGAGCACUGUACUGGAGUAGAGGAAAUAGUGGGAGGGUGUUUUUAAUAAACUGGCACUGGCAAUUAGUGAGCGAGAGAGGGUUUUGAUUCCAAUAUAGCUCUAUUUAAAGUACUAUUGUGUUUGUGAAUACAUGCUUUUGUGUUUCUGAUUGAGCUGCUCUAUGGCGGUCAUCUCUCUAUACUGUGUCGGUGACCUAUGGCUGUCUUUCAGAUGGCAGCAGCAACACGAGCAGCCAGGCCAAGCGAGAGAAGAGGAGGCCCCCCGGGACAGUGGAGUAUACCGUUAGUACAGGCUGCCUCUGUGAUGCCUCACUAACUCCUCUCUCACACUACAACUCCCAUAAACCCAUGGGGUUCUGACUUCAAAGACUGGCUUAGGAAAGCAAUGUGGACAAUAAACCUCAACCAUUUUCUUCAGCAAAUACAAGGGUGUAUUCAUUACGUCUAGCAAUGGAAACCGUUUUCCAUUUAAGAACCAAACGGAAGCAAACUGAGCGAACGGAACAGGGAGGGACCUACCUGAAUUUGUCCAAUAGAAACUCAUUUUCGUUGCAAAAUGUUUUACGUUUUGGAGUCAACAGUUUCUGUUGCAAAACGUUUUGCAACAGAAUCGGCUUAAUGAAGACACCGAGUUGUAUGCUUUGCAAGAUUUCUGCAGAUUUUGUCUCAUGCUGCAUUUUGCUUUGGGUAGAUUGAUACUUUUGGUAAUCAAGAAUAACCAAGGACUUAACUUCAUGUUACAGGUGGGACUCCAGGAAUCUCUAAGCAGCAUCUCUCUGAAGUUUAACAUCACCCCGAACAAACUGGUGCAGCUCAACCGCCUCUUCUGCCGCAUUAUCUAUCCUGGACAGGUGAGGUUUCAGCACAUUACACACCACUUCAUGCUUUAAAUCUUGGCUUUCUGAUUGGCUAACAUGCCUGUCCUUCACCCUUGCAGAAGCUGUUUGUUCCUGACUUGGGCCAAUCGGGUGCCGACUCUCAGUCUGUGGGUUCUUCUGACCCCGCCUUCCCCAACAGUCUAUCAGAGAAGGUGUCACAGGUAAGUCAUUCUCCUUUUUAAGAUAACCCAUACUAAAGUCAUCUCUGAUCCUGGUUCUGUGCUUGUCCCUGCUGCGUGGCGAUAUGUUACAGGAUGGAGACUCCAGCGGCAGGUCAGUAAGACCAUUACGACGGGAGCUGUCUCCCCCAUCCGAGGACGAGAGCCCUGCCACAGUCAAGUACAUUAAGAUGAGCUGCAAGUACUUUACUGACGGAAUGGUAAGUGGCCACACCGUAGGCCAUUUUGUAUUAAAGACCAUCACCACCACAACAGACUCAAACUCAUGUAUUUUGUCUCCCAGGGUGUGGUGGGAGGGGUGAUGAUCGUGACGCCCAACAACAUCAUGUUUGACCCUCACAAGUCGGACCCACUGGUGCUCGAGCACGGCUGUGAGGAGUACGGCCUGCUCUGCCCCAUGGAGGAGGUGGUGUCUGUGGCCCUCUAUGACGACAUCUCCCGCAUGAAGCUCAAGGACACACUGCCAUCGUAAGAACCAACCCUGCCAUCUUGAGAAGCUCUUUCACAUUCUGUCCAUCUCUCACUCCCUAUUUAAACUAGCCCUUUCCCCCUUUUUGAUCUUAUCUUAACCUUGCUUUUCUUACUUAUUCUUCAAGCGUCACACUUUUUCUUCUUGCUGUUUCUACCUCUUUCUGCACUCCUCUCUCUCCCUUGUUCUUUCUAAUCCCUCUGAGGUGGAAAGGUGAACUGAUUUGCCGAGCUCAUACUGUAGGGUUUCCGGUACCAGAUUCUAGGGACAGACGACUCGCAUUCAUUUUUGUCUUUAGUUUUUGAAUGAUCUAUUAUAUUUUAUUUUGUACUGGUUAAUUGUCUCGUUUACUAUUAUUUGUACUAUUAUUAUUUAGCCUUUUGAAAUCCCUUUUUAUUUUGUCCUGUUUUUUCAGUUGCAUUUUCUUUCUGUUCAUUUAUGAUUUCCAUUUAUUUUGUUUAUUUUAUUUGUUUCAUUUUUCCCAUCCUGCUUUGUGGGGUGCGUGUGGUGCCCCCUGACGCCCUACAGAGACCUACCCCAGGAUCUGUGUCCUCUGUACAGGCCCGGGGAGUGGGAGGAGCUGCCGUCGGAGUGCGACCUCAACCCCUUCAGCCGCUACGAGGCGCUGGACCCCAAACGACCCAUCGUCCUGGACGACAUCAACUCUGCCCUGUCAGAGACUGGUAUGACUGGGAGAUGACACACAAUGACUUGUAUUGGAUCAGGAUAAAUCAUGGCAAAUGAAUUUGAAUCAUUACACAUGUGUAGUUAAAAAGAAAUCAAAACAAAUUAGCUUAAGCAUAAUAAUAAUGUAGCAAUAUUUUGAUCCAUGUGGUCAUUUUAAUAACACAGCAUUUCUUAUAUCCCAGUCAUAGGAAGGGCAGCGUGUGAGCCAGCAGACCAGUCUCCAUCAGAUGAGGGUUUCACAGAGCUGGAGCUUCCCUUGAACGGGAGCACUGAGGAACCGAAGAGCGGAUCCAGACCACCUGCCAGUGCUACCAACCAGGACCAGCAAGGAGAGCCCCCAGGAUCUAAUACCCCUAAACGGGUAAAGUCCCAGGACCAAUCCCUCUCUGACCCAAUCCCACUGACCUGGCAGAGAGGGGAGGAGGAGGAUGAAGGACUGGUACAGAACAGCUCAAUUGAGGACACGACAGAAUCAUUGCCUGUCUCAUCAGAGACUGAGAAAGACCGUGAACUCUUGAAGGAGAAGCCUGCUAGCCUAGCCACAGUCCAAGACAAAAACUCUACAGGGCAACUAGUGAACAGUGUUAGCAUUAGCGAACAAUCAGAAUCAGCAAUGGACCAAAACAGGAAGCUGAGCUUCAGUGAGACCGCUGAGGCUCUGGGAAAAUGUAGUUCUCGGGAACCCAGCCCUCCAGGCGAGCUGCAGAACGGACCAGUGGUAGAGGAGUGGCUGAGUGAGGAAGAGAAGCAGAAGAGGAGCAACAAAGCGGAGGUGAAGUCCUGGCUGCUGGAGAGGAUGCAGGCGCCCAUCCAAAGUGAGUGUUCACAAACACUUUACUAGCAUUUUGUGUGGUUUCUUGUAUUGCAGUGUUUGAAUAUUUUAAAAUAAAUCUCUCUGCAGACAUGCUGCUGUCCACGGAGGAGAAGAGUAAGACCCCUCCCAUGUUCCUUUGCCUCAAGGUGGGCAAGCCCAUGAGGAAGUCCUUCGUCAUUACCCGGUCAUCCAGCCCCGCCCACACGAGAGGAAAACAGCCGGAGUACUGGUUUGCUGUGCCCCAGGAGAGGUGAGAGGUCAACCAAUGAGACCACAGUCACAGCCAGAACCUCUUUAUGACAACUGGUGUGUAUUCACAAUUUUAUAAACUUUCAAUAAAUGUUCUGAAUCAUAAAUGUGUGGUGUGUUUCAGGGUGGACCACCUAUAUGCAUUUUUUGUCCAGUGGUCUCCUGAUGUGUACGGUAAGGAGGCCAGGGAGCAGGGCUUCGUGGUCGUGGAGAAGGAAGAGCUCAACAUGAUCGAUAACUUCUUCAGUGAUCCCGUGACCCCUCGCAGCUGGGAGGUGAGUUCACACGGCAUGAUCCCUCGGAUGAGUGUAUUUUGACUGUGAUGUUAUGUUAACAUUGUGGUCAAGGGUUGUGUGACUUUGUGGUUGUGUGUGCGUUUUAGAGUGGGUGGACCAAGCUGUGUUCAAUGUUUGGACUAAGAGUUUUAUCGGUUGAGUAUGAUUUGACUGUACGGUUGAGGUGUCUGACAGUACAUGGUUGUGUUCGUAGAUCAUCACCAUCAACGAGGCGAAGCGCAGGCAGAGUUUUGGCAGCUACGAAGGGGAGGAGCCUUCGGGGGAUCUACUGCCCAUGCUCAGUGACCCCAGCGCUCUGCUACAGGACACACACAUAGAGAAGGUACACACACGCCAUGACUCACAAAACACUUUCAAUCAAGAAAACGUACCCACUGCAAGAGUGUGUGACUUCACCUACACAACCUAUGCAGAAAUGCACAUCGACACACACUUCCCUGAAUCUGUUUUUCUCUCUCCCCACAGCUUGCGUGUCGGCUGCCGGCGCGGGUGCAGGGGUAUCCAUGGAGACUGGCUUACAGUACGGUGGAACACGGGACCAGCCUAAAGACCCUGUACAGGAGCCUAUUGGAUGUGGACAGCCCUGUGCUACUGGUCAUCAAAGACAUGAACAACCAGGUACACACACACACACUGACAAUGGUGCCCAAUUUUUAUUGGACUCUUGAGUUUUUAAUUUAUUCUCUCUCCCCCCAUUAGUUGUUUGGGGGAUACUCUACCCAUCCCUUCAGAGUAAGUGAGCACAGCUAUGGCACGGGAGAGACCUUCCUCUUCAGCUUCUGCCCUGAGAUCAAGGUCAGACAUACUCCUAUUUAUGUGUUUUAUCCUCAUACCUAUGUUCAAGUUCAACACUAUAUGAGCUGUAUGUCAUUGCUUUGCUCUCUGACUUGUUAUGGGUUGCUUUUCCUUUGCUCAGAUGUACAACUGGACUGGGGAGAACUCCUACUUUGUUAAAGGCAACAUAGAUUCUCUUCAGAUGGGAGGAGGAGGGUGAGUGUAUUUAAAUAUAUGUGGUUGAGCAAUGUGAGACUAUCUUUGUGAGAAGCACUGCCCUUGCAAACACAUUGGUGGGGAAACAGCUGUUGGCUCAGCAGGGAAACUUGCUAUAUAAAGGCUGAAGGCUAUCUUAUAAAAUACACAUUUCAAAAAAUAUAUUCAGCCUUUAUGCUAUUAUCUACUUAAAUUAUUACUUUUAAGAUGCAGCCACCACCUGUGAUAAUUGGUGAUAUCACAAUGGUGAUUUUUCUAACAGCAUCUACUCCUCAUCUUUUAGAUUGUGUAGGCAAAGUUAAUAUUAUUUCACACCUUGAUUUAUCUAAUUUGUCUAUGAAAAAUAAUCAGCUGCAUGCGAUUGAACAAGCCGCAAGAAGCGUGCGCUCCUGGCUAUUUUAAAUAAAAAACGUGCACAUAUUCGAUAGAAGAAACAAAGAAACAGAAAGAAAAGUUAUUUCAACCUUUUUUAAAUAAUUCAAUGUAUUUAAUUUUCUCUAGAAUCUAAUUAUAAUAGCCUAUAAUAAAACUAGACCUACGAUGUUUCCUUGAAAAGUUGACUCAAACAGCAUAUGUUGGAUAGAAAUUGGCUUUCGUAAGGUGCUGCGCAGAUUCAUUCAUUUUCAGCACAUUAUGAGGAGUCUUUUAGGACAUAUUAGAGAUUCUGAAUUGCGGCUUGCUGUGGCCGACCCCCUUGAACAUGCUAUUUGUGGCGAUUGGAGAAGUAUUAGGCUACUAGUGAUAAGCACCAAUUUGUAAAGUGUGUACCAAUAGGCUACAGUUGCAUUUUUUCGAGGGAUAUAUGACUGACUUGCACAGGUAGGAAAGUGUCCAGACGACUGUGUGCUGAUUGCCAGUAGGCUAGGUGUGAAUGUUCUGAAAGCUUAAUUCUAAUAAAUAAUCUGAAUACAAUCAGAACCCCAUGGGCCAUCAGCGGGAAUGAGAUGGUGCGCUAAACGGCAGCAUCGCAGACAAACAUCAGCGAUUUAUAAAAUGUUCAUAUUGAUAUUAGACGUUAGCCUAAACUGUGAAAACUGUUCAUGGUAAAACAAAUCCAAAAUAAUGUAUGCGAUUGCAAAAAUCGAAUGCUUCUAAUCGAAAGAGUCAUCUUAACUUGAUUCGUCAUUAACGUGGUUCUUCAAUAAUUAUUGGUUCUUCAAUAAUGAUGCAUAUAGGCUAAUACUUGAUGGAUGUGCAUUUGGUAUCCAGCUGUGUAGUUGUUGGCCUAGUGAUAUUGUCGACCGUCAGCUGAUCCAGGAAAUAGUUUUAUGAAUGACAGUCAAGUGACAAACUGUUGUGAUAAACCGCGCGAUGCAAAAACAGCCUAAGUGCGCGAAAAACGGUGUGGAAGAAUGUCCAGUAUAUUUUGGUGCUUCAUUCGUUACGCCCGUGAAGACAGUUAUUCCGUGAUCCACGUUGGAUCCAACACCUGCUAUUGUCUGCUUGAUUUAUAGCAGGGACUAGUUCGAUUUAACAGAAAGCAUCAAGGUCAUGAAUUCAUGUUUUCAUAUGUUUCUGUGCGUCGAUUGGACACUGAGUCUACUGUGGGCAAUUGUGUAGGAUAGGCUAUUGGCAACACCUAACGGUAUUUUCCUUUCUAUUAUUUAGGACAUUAGAAGUUCAAUGCAGCCGUUUUUAUCUCAUUAGUAUUUCUGGGUAACAAUAAAAAAUAAAAAUAAAAUAAAGGCUUCUUAGCAAAGAGCAAUAUCUCAAGCAAGAUUUUUGCCAGGACUGUCUGGGAGUGGUCUGAGUGGGGAGGGGAAAACUAGCUGUUAUUGUCUGAGAGGUUUGGAACUCUUUUUCUUUCUUAUUGGUCUAUUAACUAAUUUACCGCCUGGCAGGCCAAAACUCUAUACCAAAACAGGCAGAAAUGUCUGUCUUUUCAAACAGCUCUUACAGUAAAGGGGCAUUAUCAUCAUUUUCACAAUUUCACAGAAAUAUACUGAACAAAAAUGUAAACGCCAUGCUCUACCAACUGAGCUACAUCCCUGCCGGCAAUUCCCUCCCCUACCCUGGACGACACUGGGCCAAUUCGAACCAUUAUCUCUAGUGGCACAGCUAGCACUGCGAUGCAGUGCCUUAGACCACUGUGCCACAGAAAUUCUGUUAGUGAGCAUUUCUCCUUUGCCAAGAUAAUCCAUCCACCUGACAAGUGUGGCAUAUCAAGAAGCUGAUUAAACAGCAUGAUCAUUACACAGGUGCACCUUGUGUUGGGGACAAUAAAAGGCCACUCUAAAAUGUGCAGUUUUGUCACACAACACAAUGCCACAGAUGUCUCAAGUUUUGAGGGAGCGUGCAAUGGCAUGCUGACUGCAGGAAUGUCCACCAGAGCUGUUGCCAGAUAAUUUAAUGUUAAUUUCACUACCAUAAGACAUCUCCAAUGUCGUUUUAGAGAAUUUGAGAGUACAUCCAACCGGCCUCACAAUCGCAGACCACAUAUAUGGCAUCGUGUGGGCGAGCGGUUUGCUGACGUUGUGAACAGAGUGCCCCAUGGUUGCGGUGGGGUUACGGUAUGGGCAGGCAUAAGCUACGGAAAAGAACACAAUUGCAAUUAGAUUUUUUUUAAAUCUGUGACUAACAGAUGCAUAUCUGUAUUCCCAGUCGUGAAGUCCAUCGAUUAGGGCCUAAUGAAUUUAUUACAAUUGACUGAUUUCCUUAUAUGAACUGUAACUCAGUAAAAUCUUUGAAAUUGUUGCAUGUUGCGUUUUAUAUUUUUGUUCAGUGUAUAUAUAAAACACAGGAAAAUAUCGUUUUUGACUGCACUGGGCCUUUAGGAAUGACAACAAAUGACAGUUUAUAUACAAAAAAGAUCUGUUGAUCAGGUUAUGAAAUGGCGUGACAGACAUUUUGAUGUCCAUGUAUCACCUGAAAUAGCUAGCCUAUUAAAUUAUAGGCUAUGGCUACAAAGUUUUCGCCCCCACCCCUACGGAAACCUCUUUCUCAAAGCUAAGGAUCCGGAUCACGUUAUGUGCAUGUGUUAUUUUACACACACUACACAGCUACUGCUCACACUCCACCUCCCUUUACGUUUCUCUAUUUACUCACCCUCUUCUGAACCAUGAUGAUGUAGCCCAUCUCUGCCUCAUAUUUCUGUACGCAGUGUUGUACCCUCGCUGUCACGUUUUGCUUGACAAAAAGCCACGUAAACGUCUUUGUGUGACCUGCUCUCUCUCUGUUGAAGUCAACUUGUAGUUGCCAUGUCGUUAUGAGUUUGACUGACCUUUUCCUGUCUCUCUCCCUAGAGGUCAGAUAGGGCUGUGGGUGGACGCUGACCUGCACCACGGCACCACCUCCAGCUGUGCCACAUUCCACAACCAGCCCCUCUCCACCCAGAAGGACUUCACCAUCCACAGUGUGGAGGUCUGGGCCUUCGAGUAG